AUGUCCACUCAUACUCUUAGUCCCAAGUCGUCGAAUGACAGUCUGCAAAGCAGAUUUUCCGCUGCUUCAUCCCCAGACAAGCUCGCGCCUGCGCUGGCCGGCCCCAUGGUCUGGGAAAAGCUCGACCCAUCUGAUUACGUUGUUGAUCUCAGCCCUCGUGAGGUUCAGGACAUCCGCGCUGCCGUUAUUAAGGUGAAGAUUGCGGGUACGCCCAGAGCCGAGAUCCGACAAGAAACAUUCGUUCUGGACAAUCCAGUCUUGGCUCGCAAGCUGUCCUCGGUCAGUGAAGAGCUCCACCAGGGUCAGGGCGUUGUCGUUCUACGCGGUCUUGAUGCUGCCAAUUUCAACGACGAAGAGGCAGUCGUGGCGUUCGCUGGAGUGUGCGCGUACGUGUGCCCAGAGCGAGCCACUGAUUCGUAUGCCAACCAGACACUGAGUAUGCUUCCAAGCCUUAUUACACUCGCAGAGACACCGUCUAACUUUUUCACAGGCCAUGUCCGCGAUGCUACCAAGGAGGCGGUGCCUACUUGGGCCAAGGAUAUCGGCCUUGCUGGUUCAAAGAUCACGGCAGCAAUGGAUUUCCACAGCGACCGAUUCUCUGGCGACGUCAUUGCUCUCCAUGUUCGUAACGAUGGCGGCAUUGGUAGCGGCGGCGAGCAAUACGUUGCCAGCUUCUGGCGAAUCUACAACGAACUUCUCGAGCUUGACCCGGAGGUCUUGGAGACGAUGGCGGAGGCGGAUUGGCCGUUUGAGCUGAAGCAGAAGGAUAAGGAGCCAUACCUUGAGUUGGGACCAACCCUCUUCUUCUCAAAGGGCAAGCCCAUGUGUCAACUUGUAAAAGCGCCGCUCCUGGGUACCCCCCUGAUUCAUCGCGACCCAAGCAUGCCCUCCGUCUCUGACAAGCAGAUGCAUGCCAUGCACGCUGUUGGCGAGCUUGCAAAGCGUUUCUGCACCAAGCUCGACCGCAAGCAGGGUGACAUCCAGUUCAUCAACAACCUGAGUGUCAUGCAUGCUCGAGAAGCGUAUCGCGGAGCCCAGGGAAAGCCCAGUACUCGCCACCUCCUCCGCAUGUUCCUGCGUGAUCCCCAGAAUGCCUGGGAAAAGCCAGCCCGGUUCCGUAACAACUUCGACGAUCCCUUCACGCCUGGCCGCCCACAGAACCUUCCGGUCAUCGACAACGACCCUUGGCGCAUCAUCAGCGGCCGUGAGAGUCACGGUUAG